AUGGGGUCGGCGCUGCAGCCUGUUGCUGGUGGGAGCGGAUGUACUCUGCAAUUAUGGAAGCAGGUGGGGGCUCAGAUUCCAACCAUCAAAUCCCCACCAGAUUCCAACCCGCAAAUCCCCACCAGAUUCCAACCCGCAAAUCCCCACCAGAUUCCAACCCGCAAAUCUCCACCAGAUUCCAACCCGCAAAUCCCCACCAGAUUCCAACCCGCAAAUCCCCACCAGAUUCCAACCCGCAAAUCCCCACCAGAUUCCAACCCGCAAAUCCCCACCAGAUUCCAACCAUCAAAUCCCCACCAGAUUCCAACCCGCAAAUCCCCACCAGAUUCCAACCCGCAAAUCCCCACCAGAUUCCAACCCGCAAAUCCCCACCAGAUUCCAACCCGCAAAUCCCCACCAGAUUCCAACCCGCAAAUCCCCACCAGAUUCCAACCAUCAAAUCCCCACCAGAUUCCAACCCGCAAAUCCCCACCAGAUUCCAACCCGCAAAUCCCCACCAGAUUCAAACCCGCAAAUCCCCACCAGAUUCAAACCCGCAAAAUCCCACCAGAUUCCAACCCGCAAAUCCCCACCAGAUUCCAACCAUCAGAUUCCCACUUAAAAUCCAACCGGUAA